GUCAGAUACUCAUCCAUGUCUGCUCCAUUAGAUGCCUCCAAGCUUGUGAUCCACAAGACCACCACCCCCAAGGAAAAGUUGCCCAACGAUAAGUUGGUCUUCGGCAAGACCUUCACCGACCACAUGUUGGAAAUCGAAUGGACUGCUCAAGCCGGCUGGGGCACUCCUACCAUUUCUCCCUACCACAAGUUGUCUUUGGAUCCUUCUACUGUCGUAUUGCACUACGCUUUUGAGUUAUUUGAAGGUAUGAAAGCUUACAGAGACACUGAUAACAACAUCAGAACCUUCAGAGGUGACAAGAACAUGGACAGAAUGAACAAGUCCGCUGACAGAAUCGCCUUACCAACCUUUGAUGGUGAAGAGUUGAUGAAGCUCAUUGAUCAGUUCUUGCUCGUAGACGAAAGCUUUGUUCCACAAGGUGCUGGCUACUCCCUUUAUUUAAGACCAACUAUGAUCGGAACCACCGAGUCAUUGGGUGUAGGUACGCCAGAUAAGGCACUCUUGUAUGUUAUUGCAUCUCCCGUUGGCCCUUACUAUGGUACUGGCUUCAAGCCUGUUUCCUUAGAAGCCACUGACUAUGCUGUUAGAGCCUGGCCAGGUGGUGUAGGUAACAGAAAGUUGGGUGCCAACUAUGCUCCUUGUGUCAGACCUCAGUUAGAGGCUGCUAAGAGAGGUUACCAACAAAACUUGUGGUUAUUCGGAGAGGAAGGCUACAUUACCGAAGUCGGUACCAUGAACGCUUUCUUUGUAUUCAAGAACGCUGACGGCACCAAGGAGUUGGCCACUGCUCCUUUGGAUGGUACCAUCUUGGAAGGUGUCACCAGAGACUCGAUCUUGGAACUCACCAGAGAAAGAUUGCCAAAGAACGAAUGGGUAGUGUCCGAACGUAAGUUCACCAUUGGUGAAGUUGAAGAAAGAGCUGCCAAGGGUGAGUUGAUCGAAGCAUUUGGUGCUGGUACUGCUGCUGUUGUUUCUCCUAUCAAGUCUAUUGGCUGGAAGGGCAAGGAAAUCGAAGUUCCUUUGGCUGCUGGCGAUUCCGGCGAAUUGACCGCUCAAGUUGCUGAGUGGAUCAGAAAGAUCCAAUACGGUGAAGAACAGUACAAAAACUGGUCCAGAGUUGCUCAAUAGAUUUUUUGACAUUACAACUAUUUAGAGACAAUAGCUGUGUACGAUGUAUGUGUAUUGAAGAUAUGCAAAUUUAUGUAGGUACCAGUAGCGAGAGUGAUACGAUUACAGACUUGAGUUGAGAAUCACAAGAAGGGAGACCAUAAAAUGGGAUAUCCUUAAGAUGAUACUAUAAGACACAAUGCUUAC